AUGGGUAAUGGAUUCAACCAAGUAAAGAAAAGAAAAGGGUCAGCAUCGCAGGAGGAGAAACUUCCAUGGGAGUUGAUUGAAGAGAUACUCUCUCGUGUCCCUCCUCAAUCUCUUGUUCGCUUUAGAGCCGUUUGCAAACGAUGGAACGCUCUCUUCGACGACAAAACGUUCAUCAACAACCACAAGUCGACGUUUCGAUUCAUCCUAGUAACCGAAUCCAAGAUUUACUCGGUAAGCAUUGAUCCCAAGAUAGUGGUGCGUGAGAUAACCUUGGAUAUUCCCGGUUUAAAAUCUCAAACACCUAAAUACUUGGUCGAUUGCGAUGAGUUCUUGCUAUGUAGAAUGGACAAAGCCAAAGGAGGUGUGGUUUGGAACCCGUGGUUGAAACAGAGUAGAAGGAUCAAAGCCGGGCUUAGUUCUAAUAUACAUGGCAUAGGUUAUAAUAGGACAAGUGAUCAGGAAAGUGUCUACAAGACCAUUUGGUCUGAUACAAAGGUGUGGAAAAUUCAUGACUUUGUCUCUGAUACGUGGAAGGUCCUCCUCGGGUCGGAAUUUGUAGAUAGUGAUCAGAGUAAUAUUCAGGGAGAAAAUAUUUCUACGUUACAUUCUACAAGUGGUGUAUCUUUAAAUGGAAUAAUUUAUUGGGUUGCUUUUUAUGACAAGACUGAUCCCUUGUACCACCUAAUUUACUUCGAUUUUUCGAGGGAAGAAUUCUCCGGAUUAUUUUGUCAUCUACCAUGUGGUAUGAACGAUCCUAGCGAUGCCCUUGUCCUUAGGGUCUUUAAGGGGAAUCGGUUUUCGUUGUUAAAACAAUGCUACGAGACAAAGAAGAUUGAGGUUUGGGUGACCAAGAACAAGGUUAACGUUACGGAUGGUGAUGAUGUGGUUUGGAUGAAUUUCAUGACUUUGUCAAUUCCUAACUUUCCGGGUUUAAUACCGACCGGAACCUCCGCUCAGCCAAGUUACUUCAUUGACGAUAAAAGACUUGUCGUGUGUUCUUGCGAUGAAUCUGGCCAAGCUUGGAUCUAUGUUUUCGGGGAAAACAAGCUGAUUAGAAAAGUCCAAAUAGAUUCUGUGGUUGAUUCUUGGCCUUGGCAUUGCACUUGUUUUCCCAGCUUGGUCCCGGUUCCUCGAGGUCAAAGAGAUGAAUUAGCAGAAUCACAAGUUUAA